GAAGGCAGGGCGGAGCUCGACGUCACAUGACUGGUUGGGCCCGCCUCCCCCCCCCCCCGCAGCUGAGGACUUCCCCUCCCGUGGUGACAGAGCCUCUGGGUCCUCGGUCGGUACUGUCUCUGCACCUCGCGCCCCAGCAGGUAAACUAACAUGAUGGAUUUUUCCAAGCUACCCAAAAUACUCAAUGAAGAUAAAGAAAGCACAUUUGGUUAUGUGCAUGGGGUCUCAGGACCUGUGGUUACAGCCUGUGACAUGGCGGGUGCAGCCAUGUAUGAGCUGGUGAGAGUGGGCCACAGCGAGUUGGUUGGAGAGAUUAUUCGAUUGGAGGGUGACAUGGCUACUAUUCAGGUGUAUGAAGAAACGUCUGGUGUGUCUGUUGGAGAUCCUGUACUUCGCACUGGUAAACCCCUCUCUGUUGAGCUUGGUCCUGGCAUUAUGGGAGCCAUUUUUGAUGGUAUUCAAAGACCUUUGUCGGAUAUCAGCAGUCAGACCCAAAGCAUCUACAUCCCCAGAGGAGUAAAUGUGUCUGCUCUUAGCAGAGAUAUCAAAUGGGACUUUACACCUUCCAAAAACCUACGGAUUGGUAGUCAUAUCACUGGCGGAGAUAUUUAUGGAAUUGUCAAUGAGAACUCGCUUAUCAAACACAAAAUCAUGUUACCCCCACGAAACAGAGGAACUGUAACUUACAUUGCUCCACCUGGGAAUUAUGAUACCUCUGAUGUUGUCUUGGAGCUCGAAUUUGAAGGUGUAAAGGAGAAGUUCACCAUGGUGCAAGUAUGGCCUGUACGGCAAGUUCGACCUGUCACUGAGAAGCUGCCAGCCAAUCAUCCUCUGUUGACUGGCCAGAGAGUCCUUGAUGCCCUUUUUCCGUGUGUCCAGGGAGGAACUACUGCUAUCCCUGGAGCCUUUGGCUGUGGAAAGACAGUGAUAUCACAGUCUCUAUCCAAGUAUUCUAACAGUGAUGUAAUCAUCUAUGUAGGAUGUGGUGAAAGAGGAAAUGAGAUGUCUGAAGUCCUCCGGGACUUCCCAGAGGUCUGUAUAAAGCUUCAAAUAAUAUCUACUUUGUGUACUUAUUGCUUUAAAGUUUUCUUAAGGGUGGAAAAAACCAGGAUUUUGUAUGCUAACAUUGUAACUUAUAAUAAUAUUCUUCCCAAUUUAGGAAUCACACUGUCAGAGUACUUCCGUGACAUGGGCUAUCAUGUCAGUAUGAUGGCUGACUCUACCUCUAGAUGGGCUGAGGCCCUUAGAGAAAUCUCUGGUCGUUUAGCUGAAAUGCCUGCAGAUAGCGGAUAUCCAGCCUAUCUUGGUGCCCGUCUGGCCUCUUUUUAUGAAAGAGCAGGCAGGGUGAAAUGUCUUGGAAAUCCUGAAAGAGAAGGGAGUGUCAGCAUUGUAGGAGCAGUUUCUCCACCUGGUGGUGAUUUUUCUGAUCCAGUUACAUCUGCUACUCUUGGUAUCGUUCAGGUGUUCUGGGGCUUAGAUAAGAAACUAGCUCAGCGUAAGCAUUUCCCCUCUGUCAAUUGGCUCAUCAGCUACAGCAAGUAUAUGCGUGCCUUGGAUGAGUACUAUGACAAACACUUCACAGAGUUUGUUCCUCUGAGGACCAAAGCUAAGGAAAUUCUGCAGGAAGAAGAAGACCUGGCAGAAAUUGUACAGCUUGUGGGAAAGGCUUCUUUAGCAGAAACAGAUAAAAUCACUCUGGAGGUAGCAAAACUUAUCAAAGAUGAUUUCCUACAACAAAAUGGAUAUACUCCUUAUGACAGGUUCUGCCCAUUCUACAAGACAGUAGGGAUGCUGUCCAACAUGAUUGCAUUUUAUGAUAUGGCACGUAGAGCUGUUGAAACCACUGCCCAGAGUGACAAUAAAAUCACAUGGUCCAUUAUUCGUGAGCACAUGGGAGACAUCCUCUAUAAACUUUCCUCCAUGAAAUUCAAGGAUCCAGUCAAAGAUGGUGAGGCAAAGAUCAAGAGCGACUACGCACAACUUCUUGAAGAUAUGCAGAAUGCAUUCCGUAGCCUUGAAGAUUAGAGGCCUUGAAGAUUAGAACUGUGAUUUCCUUUUCCUCAGCAAGCUCCUAUGUGUAUAUUUUCCUAAAUUUCUCAUCUCAAACCUUUUGCUUCUUUAUUGUGCAGCUUCGAGACUAGUGCCUAUGUGUGUUAUCAUUUGUUUCCCUGUUUUUUUGGUAGGUCUUAUAUAAAACAAACAUUCCUUUGUUCUAGUGUUGUGAAGGGCCUCCCUCUUCCUUUGUCUGAAGUGGUGAACAUAGUAAAUAUGUAUAAUAGUUACACUACUGUAAACUUGUAUGUAGGGUGAUGACCCUCUUUGUCCUAGGUGUGUCCUUUCCUCAUCUCUAUUAAAUUGUAAACAGGACUACUGCAUGUACUCUCUUUGCAGUGAAUUUGGAUUGGAAGACCAGAUUUCUAUACCUUUUGAACAGGUACUUUGUGAAAUAACUCAGUGUCUGUUGAGGUCAUUGACAGCUUGCCAUUUUGCAAAGGAAUUGCUUUGCAGGAAAUAUUUAAUUUUCAAAAACAUGAUUGAUGUUUCAAUUAUGCAUUGCUUCCCCCCAUAUAAAUCAGGAGUAUUUGUGGGAAACUAUUGGGAACUGUACUCUUUUAUUAUUAUUAUUAUUACUUUUUGAGAUGGAGUUUUGCUCUCGUUGCCCAGGCUGGAGUGCAGUGGUGCGAUUUUGGCUCACUGCAACCUUCACCUCCUGGGUUCAAGUGAUUCUCCCGCCUCAGCCUCCCAAGUAGCUGGGAUUACAGGCAUGCGCCACCAGGCCCAGCUAAUUUUGUGUUUUUAGUAGAAACGGGGUUUCUCCGUGUUGAUCAGGCUGGUCUUGAACUCCUGACCUUAGGUGAGCCACCUUCCUUGUCCUCCCAAAGUGCUGGGAUUGCAGGUGUGAGCUAUCGUGCCUGGUCAGGAACUAUACUCUUUUAAAAAUAGGCAUUUGUGGGGCUCACACAAUAUAUGAAACAGUACGCUAUAAAAAAGAAGAAAAAAGAGUCAGGGGGUCAAACUUAGAUCAACAUUGUCUUAUUAAAGCAUAGUUUAUUUCGCUAGAAAAAAUUUAGUAUCAAAGAUUAUUAUGUACUUCAUUACUAGGAAAUUCUUUUUACAGUUACAUUUAAAACAAUCACUGAAAACUUGAUCAACAUUACACCCUCUUUAUUUUCCUCAACUGUCUUGGAAGCCGAAGCUUCUGAGAAUAACGUGGCAAGUGUGAUGGGCAGUAAAAUGCCAGAGAAAAUGUUUAGUAGCAGUUAAAGGCUGUUUGCACCUUUAAGGACCAGCCGGGCUGUAGUGAUUCCUGGGGCCAGAGUGGCAUUAUGUUUUUACAAAAUAAUGACAUAUGUCACAUGUUUGCAUGUUUGUUUGCUUGUUGAAUUUUUGAACAACCAGUUGACCAAUCCUAGAAAAUGCUAAUUUCUUUCAUAUGGUUUUUGGUUCACUGGCAUAAGAGGUUUCUCAGAAUAUGUAUGGCCACAGCAACAUACCAGUUUCCAUCCUAAUAGGGAUGAAAUUAAUUUUGUAUCUACUGAUAACAGAAUCUGGGUCACAUGAAAAAAAAGAUCAUUUUAUCCCGUCUUUGAAGUAUGUGUUUAAAAUAAUAAUUUGUGUGUUUGCAUAUUGCAGAACAGCUCUGAGAGCAACAGUUUCCCAUUAAGUCUGACCAAUAGUGCUGGCAUGGUUGCUUCCUCUUUGGGAAGAGGAAAGGGCAUGUGAACAUGGUUAACAAUCUCAAAUUCCCAAAUCGUGAUGGUAUAAACAAAGGAUUUAUUUCAUGGCUCAGUAUGUUAUUAUUUAAAUUUUUAGAGAAUGCCUAUCUCUUGGUCUAUUAAGGAAAGAAGCAAUCAGUAGAGAAUUCAGGAUACUUUCGUUUAAAUCCUUGCAGAUUACAUAUUUUUACAGUGGCCUGCUAUUGAGGAAAGGUAUUCUUCCAUACAACUUGUUUUAACUUUUGAGAAUAUUGACAGUUAGAAAUUAUGCAGUGGCUUGUUGAGAUACAGACUUAAUGGUGCUGUUUGGUCAGUUUGCUUCCACAGUGGCCUCCCUCAAGAGGCCCUAAGACUAGUAGAAAUUAAAAGGAUUUCAAAAACUUUCUAUUCCUAUCUUAAACCUACCAGCAAACUAGGAUUGUGAUAGUAAUGAAUGGUAUGAUGAAGAAAGCUUGACCAAAUUUGUUUUUUUACUGUUUUGAAUUUGAAAUCAUUCUUAUUCCCUUUAAGAAUUUUGAUGUAUGAGUGUGAAGAUGCUAGAGAGCCUAUGCUUAGAUAUUCAUUGUAAGUCUCCCUUCACCUGUUACAGAAUUUCAGAUUGGUCACUGAUAGUAUGUGUUUCUUUAGUAAGAAUGUGUUAAAAUUACGAUGACCUUUUAAAAAGAUGAUGCAGUUCUAUAUUUAUUGUGCUGUGCCUGGUCCUAAGUGGAGCCAGUCAAACAAGUUUCAUAUGUAUUUUUCCAGUGUUAAUCUCACACAUGGUACCCUUUGGAGAUUUCCUUCCAUCCUGAAGAACGAAUAGAAGAGACCAUAUAUAUUGCCUCCUUAUCCUUGAGAUUUCACUACCUUUAUGUUAAAAGUUGUGUAUAAUUGUUAAAAUCUAUGAAAGAAUAAAAAGUGAAUUUAAAUUAA